GUUGUGCUUGCACUUUGACGCAACGAAUGUGAAGAGCCAGGGUGGUGUCCUUCCUUCCUUCUCACUCUCUCUUUGUGUCUCUCUGCCACCACCACACACAUACCUUGUUGGUGUUGGUGUCUCGCCUGUCAUCAGCACACUGCAAAAGGAACCAGCGACGAAUAAGGAAACACACACACAACGCACCCACCCACAACCACACACACACGCACGCAACGCACCGAGCAACAAAGGCACCGCCAUCAUGCCUUUGUUUGGUUACUAUCAGGGCAUGACAGCCAAGCAAUGGCUGACCAUCGAAGGCCCCAUGUACAUCUUCGUGGCCAUUUGGAUGCUGGCCAAUGUGUUGUUGUUUGUGUUCACGUGGAAAAAGUACGAGGACGAGGAAUACACAUACCUACGACACAUGACACAUAAAGGGUUGCCGACAGCGAGGGGCGCAGCAUCCGUGCUCAAUCUCAACUGCGCCCUGGUGCUCCUUCCCGUGUGCAGAAAUCUCGUCAACUUCUGCCGCGGCCAGUUUGAGAGCAAGCGGUCGAUUAGGCGCCUCUUCGAUAAGAACCUGUUGUUCCACAAGUGGUGCGCAUACAUCAUCUGCCUCGCAUCAGCAAUCCACAUCUCGGCGCACGUGUUCAACGUGCACAACCUCACGCGCGACACCGCCACAUAUCCACCCGCCUCCGGAUACACGGACAUUGAGGCGCUGUUCACGACGGUUGCUGGCGGCACCGGUAUUGGCAUCACGCUCUCCCUCAUCCUCAUGGUCACCACCGCCUCGCCGCAGAUCAGGCGGUCGUACUUUGAGCUCUUCUGGUACACGCAUCACCUCUUUGUUGUCUUCUACGUCUGCCUCUGUCUCCACGGCAGCUCGGGCUUUGUGGAGAGACAAGUCAACUUUGACCGGGUUCCCUUUGAUGAGGACAAGGGCCGCUGUCAACCACGAACGGGCCUCGGCUGCGCAACGCGUGAUUCCCUGGGUCUGAAUCCGGGCCAGUGCCUCAACACCACAAACGUCGAAGGCGUGGACGAUCCCUCCGCCUUCUGCUGCCCCUGCGAGGAUGAACUUGAGGAGCUGCAGAAGGGCUAUCCGGCCACGUGGAUGUGGGUGAUUGGACCGCUGGUCCUGUACGUCCUCGAGCGCAUCUACCGCUACUACAUGUGCCAGACCCGCAGGCUCAGCAUCUUGAAGGUUGUGAAGCACAAGGACAGCGUGCCUGUGAUGGAGAUUCAGUUCCAGAAGGUGCCGACAAAGGCCGGCCAGUACGUCUUCCUGCACUGCCCCAAGGUGUCGCAGCUGGAGUGGCACCCCUUCACCCUCACCUCCUGCCCGGAGCUUGAUUACGUCAGCCUCCACAUCAGGCUCGUCGGCGACUGGACAACUGCGCUUGCUGAGGCGUGCGGGUUCUACGACGACCAGCCCAAACGGGCGUCUGAACUGCCCUCCGUCGCCAUCGACGGGCCCUUUGGCACCUCGAGCGAGGACCUGUACCACUAUCCCGUGGCCGUGUGUGUCGGCGCUGGCAUUGGCGUCACCCCAUUUGCCUCCCUCAUCCAGGCCCUCUACUUCCGCAAGUCCAAUCCUGGCAAGUACCCGCGUUUCAAGACGCAGAAAUUCUAUUUCUACUGGAUCUGCCCAGGCUUUGAUGCAUGGGGCUGGUUCGCCAACCUUCUCAUGGACAUGGAGGAGAAGAUGGCUGAGCUCGGCGAGACGUCGUUCUUCACUGUGCGCGUGUUCAUGACGCGCGGGUGGACGAAGGACGAUGCAGCGAAACUCAUGCUGCAGGAGAACGAGGAGGGCGACAGCAUCAUCCGCGACGCAGAGACCGGGCGGUGUCUGAAGCACAAGAUGAACUUUGGGCGGCCCAUGUGGGAGAAGGAGUUCCAGUCCAUCGCCGACGCCCACCCGGGAAACAACAUUGGGGUGUUCUUCUGUGGACCGAAAGUCCUCUCACAAGAGCUCCACCGCCGCAGCAAUCAGUUUACUGUCCAGUGCUCUGCACAGGGCACCAAGUUCUUCUACAACAAGGAAAACUUUUAACGUCGACCAUAGCUGUUGUUGUACCCUUGUUUGUGUUCGUAGUCCGUUGUCGAUUGCGGCAGCUUGUGUUCUUAUUCCGUUGCAUUGUCCUCUGCCCUUGCGUGCCCCUCACCAUCAUCAUCCUCAUCGUCAUCAUCAUCAUCAUCAUCCCCAUCGUCAUCUUUGUCUCUUUUCGUCUUCUUCCUUGACACGAAAUGACGUGAAUGCUCUUUCUCUGCUACCUGAUGCAUUGCUGCCCCCACGUUUCGAUUGCUCUCUUGUAUUGUGUGUUGCUUUGUUCGGUUCGUUCAGUUCGCGUGUCUGUUUCUGUUGCCAGCGAGCGUCGCAGGCGACACGCUCCGCUGCGCUCACGCCAUACAGGCAACCACGGCA